AUGCCAACACCCGACGAUGCAAUGCUGUCACCGCCGCCAGAGCACGAAAGUACCAUCGCCGGACUCGCUACUUGUCCAGAAGAAUCGCGCCUCCACGCCCUACCUGAUUUGAUGUCUCCGCAAUUCACCGCAUCGAUCGAUAAUGGCGAUAGCUCGCCCACGCGACCAACCCAAGUGCCAACUCCACCACCCGGAGAUCAAGAACGGCAACCAAGCGUGACGUCGCCUGCGGACCCUUCGCCGCAUACGAAAAAGGUCAAAUCUGAACUCUCGCGUCUCAUGCGAUUCCCCACUCCUGCGAGCGUGCAGGAAGAACCAGGUGAAAACCAGCGCAACCAGCAAGCUGCGGCGACACCGGUACAAGCGUCAUGGAUUCAGAACGGACCUUACAGAUCACCUUUUCCAAGGCACAGGCUGCUGCCAUAUACCUCGUCCUCGCGCCUGCGCCCAGGGAGCAAGUUUGUUGGUUAUCAGACGUCGGACCGUCAGAAAUACGAAGUUGAGGUAGAGAUCAAGUAUGUGGACGUGCGGGAGUCAUUUUUGUGCGGCUAUCUCCGCAUAAAAGGCCUCACAGAAGACCAUCCAAGCCUCACAACAUAUUUCGAGGGUGAAAUUAUAGGAAACAAGUAUAGCUUUAUCACGCAACAUCCGGAAUGGGGUUCGAACGAGAAGGUCGAUAGACAGCAUUGGGCGAGGUUCGCGGCAUACAAACCUCUUUCCAAGCUAUCCUCGCGCCCGGACAUGCUUCCAAAAGAUUGGCUACAAAACGAACAUAUGUUCAUGCGGUGGAAAGAGUAUUUUCUCGUACCCGAUCACCGUGUGCGCACGAUCAACGGCGCCAGUUUUGAAGGCUUCUACUACAUCUGUUUCAACCAAGUCUCCGGGGGUAUUGAAGGCAUCUAUUUUCACGCAAAGAGCGAGAAGUUCCAGAGGCUUCGGCUCGAUCAUAUCGAGGACUACGGGUGUCAAGGCGCAAUUGAAUUUUGUUAA